UGCAUAAAAUCAUAUGGAACCAGGAGGAGUAACCUGCUGUUGUGUGUUCCGCUAAGGUCACCUGCCAAGCAAGCAGAAUUCAAAAAAAAAUCUUUAUUUAACGUGGAAAAAGGUAAUUUUUGGAUGAAAAUUGAGUAACCACUUAAUUAAUGGCUUACAAUUUUAGCAAAAUGGAUAAUUCAAGCGCAACAAUUGCCAACACCAAGAAGCGAGUGCGGAAGCUUCAACACAAUUGGACGAGCCAAACUGAACAGCUUAUAGUAGCUGUCCAAGUCAAUAACGAAAACCAUUGGGACGGGUGGUCUCCUCAAUCCUUAAAAACUCCAAUCACACCUGUUUUGAAGAAACCAAAAAAGACGGAGAAUGUAAAAAAGUCCAAAUUUGAUCACCUUACGGAAGCAAGAAUCGAAUUGGUAGAACUGCAAAAAGAUAUGGCUCUCAAAGAAAUGGAAUAUAAGAAAAAGGAGAUGGAACAAAAAACAUCAGAACAUGAAUUUCGAAUGGCUCACUAUAUUAAUGAAGAAAAGAGUAAAGAAGAACUGCAUCAUUUAAACCUAAGCAAAAAUUUCUAAAUCGGGGCAAAUACCAUUAUCAAAUACAGGGCUUAUCAUAACUUUACUACACUCACAUAUUGACAAGAAUGGACUAUUAAUUUUAUUAUUUUUUUAUAAAAGUAUAG